AGGGUCACUGUUUUGAUUCAUCUCUUUGUGGCAAAUGUUCAAGUGACACAAAUGAACACGCAAUUGAAAUGUCUGGUCAGGGUUUUGGUUAAUUCGACGGGCAUAACGACUAUUGUCUCUUUGAGAAGUUGGGAAGCUAUUGAAAGGUAACAUCUCCGGGUGAAAAUGGGUAAUGGAGCAAAUUCAAGGCCUCAAAAUUCUUUGGUGGUGCAACCGAGUCAACGGCACGUUCCUCAUAAUGGUCAACCUCCUUUGGGAUAUUCAAGCUCGUAUCCCGGUUAUUUUGCUAACGGUGGGGAUGCCUAUGGUCAGAGAUUUCAACCGCAAUACGGCUCUCAGUCUUACUACACGGGAGAUUACGGUUCUAGGAACGGCUGGGCUCCCCAGAGUUCUGCUUCGUACGGUUCUACAUCGAAUGGUUAUGGUUACCAUGGGACACACGAUGAACAUCCCAGUUCACAUUCUAGGCAAAUGCCACCCAGAAGGGACAGGUAUGACAGGAAUCAUCAGGGUACAUCACAUCAAUCUGCUCUUUCUUCGCAUCAUCAUCCGAAAAGAGCGAGAACUAACGGGCAAUUAAGCGGUGGACGUCAAACAGGUUAUCGAAACUGGCAAGAUGGGAAUAAAAAUUCCAGUUCAGACGAAAUAGUAUUCGAAGUAUUUCACUGUAUAAAGACAGGAAGGGAUUACAGUGUGAUCAACGUGGAUGGGGUCAGAUAUCUUGUCAAUUCGUGGGAUGCAGGUAGAGACAUACCUUGCGUUCUUGUGUAGCUGUGCAUACUUUUGUGAACAUAUAACACAUUUUAAAACCCCUUGUAAACUAUAGUUUUCAUACAAUUUAACUUCUACCUGACUUGAUCAUCUACACCCAGCCUUCAGAAAAAAAUUUCCAGCCAGACCUUAAUCCGGCUUUUAUUUGCUUAGAAGAUGGAAAUAAGAGCUUGAAAAAAUAAUGACUUAGACGUGCUCAUCUUUGUCUGACACAGGCUUAUUCUAGAAAAAUACUGAAAAGAAACAAGGGAGCAACUGUUAGUUAACAUAUUGUUUUAGGCCACAUCCUAACGAAUUCUGAUAUUUUUGAAACCCAUAUAUAUUUUUUCCCAUCAAUUCGCCUUUCCUCCACACAAAACCAGUGAAUUCCCUUACCGAAACCACGUCUUCUUGAAACCAAACUUCAGAAUGAAUUGUUUAAGACCCCAGCCACACAAAUCUUGGUAAAAAUAUGUGUUAAAAAAAUAUGCAGAUUAAUGUGGAUGGGGCCUUAGUUGUCUUAGUUGUUAUGAAUCAUCUGAAGGAUGCAGUCUCUGAAAUGAGAGGCCCCCCUUGAAUAGAAGUAAGUGCCCCUACCCUUUCCCUAAAUUAGCCCCCUCUCUCACUGCCUUAUUUCUAGGAAGUCUUUCUCCAAGUGAUUAUGGGCUGCCCUCUCUCUCCUUUCGUUAAGUUUUAGUUCACUGUUAAUUGGCCAUUUACGCCCUUACACUGACCAGCUUGUUAUAAUCAGACAGUGGUCUUUGCAAGUAGCCAUUUCUCACUGCUUUAUGAAACACAAAUGUCCUUUAAGAAUUGAGAAAAUGUUGACAAACGAUGAACUUUUUUAUUUNUUGUCUGACACAGGCUUAUUCUAGAAAAAUACUGAAAAGAAACAAGGGAGCAACUGUUAGUUAACAUAUUGUUUUAGGCCACAUCCUAACGAAUUCUGAUAUUUUUGAAACCCAUAUAUAUUUUUUCCCAUCAAUUCGCCUUUCCUCCACACAAAACCAGUGAAUUCCCUUACCGAAACCACGUCUUCUUGAAACCAAACUUCAGAAUGAAUUGUUUAAGACCCCAGCCACACAAAUCUUGGUAAAAAUAUGUGUUAAAAAAAUAUGCAGAUUAAUGUGGAUGGUGCCUUAGUUGUCUUAGUUGUUAUGAAUCAUCUGAAGGAUGCAGUCUCUGAAAUGAGAGGCCCCCCUUGAAUAGAAGUAAGUGCCCCUACCCUUUCCCUAAAUUAGCCCCCUCUCUCACUGCCUUAUUUCUAGGAAGUCUUUCUCCAAGUGAUUAUGGGCUGCCCUCUCUCUCCUUUCGUUAAGUUUUAGUUCACUGUUAAUUGGCCAUUUACGCCCUUACACUGACCAGCUUGUUAUAAUCAGACAGUGGUCUUUGCAAGUAGCCAUUUCUCACUGCUUUAUGAAACACAAAUGUCCUUUAAGAAUUGAGAAAAUGUUGACAAACGAUGAACUUUUUUAUUUUUAACCAAAUUCUCCUCAUUAGUAGUAAAAUGAAUGUUUAAUGAGUCUAGCCUUGAGAUUUGAGACUUGAUUUUUAAAAAUUUUGAGAAUCAAGAGUUGAAUUUUGUGUCUCAAAGAUUGAGAUGCUAGUGGCUAUCAACCUUUUGAUUGGUACUGUACCUUAUAUUUUGUAGUGAGUAAGAUGUACUUUAGUUUAGAGGCAGAGGCUAAACUUGUAGCAUGGACAAGCAUGUUCUGAGCAAGUAAAAAAUCAACUGAAUGAAAAGGGACUGGUCUCAGUCUUUAUUGCCGGUUACCAGAGGAGCCCAUAACACUAUUCUCUGGGCUGCUAUCACGAAUGCUUAGCAGAUAUGUAGCCAGCAUUUGUUUGGACUCCCACUAAGAAUGAGUGAAAUGCAUACAUAGAAUUCAAUCUGGUUGAAAAUCCUUAAAUAAGAAUGACUAAGACCAGGUUUCAGGAUCCCAGGAGACUGAGCACCCCAGCCAAACCCUUGCUUUCACUAAAACUGCUGGACAACACAACCUGGCUGAGGUCAUUGUUAUCUAAGGUCUUCCAGCCUGAUCACGCUCGUUUGUACCCUCUUUCACUCGUAAUCUGAUCACAUAUGUUUUGCCAUCUAUCACUUUAAACUAACAUGUAUGCAAAGCAUCAGUGUUGGGGCCAGAGUGUUUUGACCUUUGAUCAGAAGCCUGAAACUCGCGCGCACUUCCAGCCCUUUGGUUAUUACAAAUAGUAAUCUGUGUGUCAAGCAGGAGUGGUCCGUUUGUUGUCCCUUCUUUUCUUCUUCCCUUAUGAGUUCCACUUAUUACCUUCUAUCUCAUGUACAGGAGAUGAAUUACAACCAUUUCCUGAAGAUUGGUACCAACAUGGCUACAUAGAAAGUCAGCAACCUGUGACAGCAGACUAUGUGGAAUAUGAUGAGGGAUCAUAUGAUGAUGGGCAGCGGUCUGACAAAGGAUGGGUUCCAAGAUGGGAGGAUGACCGUAUGGGAAUGAUGGAACAUCCUAUUAGAGGUGCACAAUGACUGUAUAGCUAGCUACUACACUGUAGUCCUCUACAAAUCGUUUGUUCUCCUUGCAGUGUUCCUGUACAGUGUACUGAUGCAAAGACCGGAAACACGACUAUACCUCAGGGAUAUUCAGUUGACUAAACUGCAAAACAGUGUUCAAAUGUUUCUCUUCAGCUUUAUCUUAAAGAUAAAGUCAUAUAUUUUUUCCUGCAAGUACUAAUGGUGAAAGCUUCAUAGGAGUGCAAAGGGCCUGUUUUUCAUAAAAACUUUUCACACCAUUCAUCGCCGCCCUGCCCCUACCCUCUUUAGACUCUUGGGCAGUUUCUUGUUUAGUUGUUUAGCACCUUUUAACCAAUUUUCUUGGGUGAGGUUAUUCUGCUUGUCAGUUAUUUAUAUGAGAAACGUAUGCAAAAACGAGCUCAUUCUGGUUUAUAGUAAUGUGUACUGUGUCUUUGUUAUUUAGAGUGGUAUGCAGUUUAGUACUCUAAGGGAUCAACGUCAUGGUAAACCCUUAUAAGCAACUUGCUCCAAGGGGCAUACCAUUGGUGUAUGUCUGAGAGAGAGACACCAUUGGUGUCUAUUGUCCAUAGAAAGUGAAAAAAAAGACAUAACUGAAGAAGGUGUCCAUUUUACGGUAGUGUCUGCCUAAAAGAGAAUUAAAGAAAACAAUUCAAUAACAAAGGAGGGCAAGUUUAGUUUUUUUUAUUAAGGUGGUUUCUGUCUUAUAGAGAGUCAAAGAAAACAACUCAAGAACGAAGGGGGCGAACUUUAGGUGUUGGCAUUAAAGUGGUGUCUGUCCUAUAGAGAAUCAAAGGAAAUGAUGGAAGAACAGCAAGGACCAACUUAAUUGUAGCUGUCCGUUUUCAGAGGAAGAGAGUUGACUGCACACUGUAUUUUUAUCUUUUAUUUCAGGAUUGUUGAAUACCUACUUCGAAGAGACCAAGCUCAACGUGUUGAGCGUGUAUGAUAACGUAUCGGGCACGUGGCUGAAGAUGCCGCUGUCGUGGGAGCUUCAUGUUCCUGACAUCAGAUCACGUGUUACUGCUAUUCAAGAGGCAUUUCCAGCCUGGGACGAUCAAUUUGAAAUCCUGGCGAUGCUGAGGCAAUGCAACUAUGAUCUGGACGAAGUCACUAAUACGUACAUAACUUUACUGGCAGAGGACAUGGCGAAGAAAAGGCCAGGAACUAAACAAAAAAGUCGCUCCUCCUCGGGGCAAGAUCACGCGGCAGAGGUUGAAUUGUUGAAGGAGAGGAUUGAACAACUCGAAGGACAGCUUCGUGAGAAAGAAACGGAGCUGGGGGAAUCCUGUUUGGCGAAUGAAGACUUGAAAGUUAAGCUGAAGUCAUCGGAAGAAAUGGUUAGGAAACUUCAAAUUAAAGGAACGAAUUUACAACGAGAGAUACAGCAGCUGAAAUCAGUGCCAGAGCCACCGGUCCCUCAACCUGCGGUACAAGUAGUACCUUCACCCAAAGCACCAACCAUUAACAAAGAGACUUGUCGGAACAUUGCGUCAACAGUUCGAAUAUUUUCUCAGAUGCUAGUUGAGAUAAGAAACUGCUUCACCAGCGAAAUGGAUGGAAUUGCUUCAGUUCUAGAUCAAGCGCAGAGCUCCCUGCGCAAAAUGAAAAACUUAGACCAGGGAUCGAGCAAGGAGGUUAUGGAGCUUCGCGCACUUUAUCAUAAAGAGGUCAUGGAAAGAAAGCUUCUUUACAAUAAACUACAAGAAUUACGCGGCAAUAUAAGAGUUUUCUGUAGGUGUCGCUAUGACCCUAAAGGCGAAAGUGUCUUUACAUUCUCCACGGAUCAGGACUUGAAUUUAACAUCGGCUACGGGACAAAAAAAAUCGUUCAGAUUUGACAGAGUAUUCACGCCUUCCAGCUCACAGGAGGAAGUUUUUCAAGACACUCUUCCACUUAUUACGUCAUGCGUUGACGGGUACAAUGUCUGCAUUAUGGCCUAUGGCCAGACUGGUAAGCUAAAUAUAAACUUGUCAGUACGUGAAAGAGAGAACGGGCGCGCGCGAGGGAGACACGCGUGUCUCCUUCUCGCGCUCCCGUUUUUUCUUGUACCGACUACUUCCAAGCGCCUGCUACGCAGGCUAGCUCUCUAGGGUCCGUGUUAUAGAUCUGUUUACUUAAGGUCGCCAAUUCUUGGGAUGGUCGCCGCAACAGCUAGCCUGCGAAUACAGCCGUUUCUCCUUGCUCCUCGGGAGAAACGGCUCUAUUCGCAGGCUACGCAACAGCGCGUGACGCCAAUUACUGCGGGCCCGUAGCAGUUCCUCCCCCAACGGGAGAUAGACCACAACCCCGGGGGUUACGUCCCUUAUUCGCCACCUUAACAACGAAUAGGAAACUGGACCGAGUUAACUUUAGCAAUGCCUUCUGGGCCUGAUCGUCACUGGGGACGCGCUGGAUAAGCUUACUUUCCCUCUAUUUCUAACCAUUCUCCCCUUUAAAAACUCCAACCUCCCGCUCUUUUCUUUUCCGCCUCCCGUACCCCUAUUCUCCUUGGCCCCCAAGCCCAGCUAAGCCACUGUCAUGCCAUGCGCCUCUUUUCACGAUUAGUGGCAUAGCGCUCAGAGUAUUUUGUACUGAGUAAAAUCAGUUACUGAGCGAGAUUUUAGUACAAAUCAUUCAGUUAUUGGACUAUUCGGGUGAGACGAAAUUAAGGAGAGCAAGUUGUUACUUCAGUUAAGUAAUCCCUUGCUUAUAGAAGCUAUCCCUAAAUAAGGUAAGAACAAAAUUUACCGUAGUAGAAAAUAUACUAAACAGCUCAAUUAACCCUUUAAGCUCUAAGAGUGAUCAGCAUGAAAUUUCUCCUUAUUAUAUCAAUGCGUUAGAAACUCAACUGUCAGUACUGACCGCGAUACUGCUCCGAUAUAUGAGAACAUCCGCUGCCGGCCAAAAGAAGCAAUGCGGGUCUUCACCGCCGGCAUGCCUGUCAAGUUGAACUCGAUUCAACUUCGCAGGCAACGUGAUUCCAAUUUUUAUUCCAGGGGCGGGGAAGACAUAUACGAUGAUGGGAACAGACCAAGACCCGGGUGUAAACAUCCGAUCCAUUCUUGAACUUCUGAGAGUUUGCGAAGAGCGAACAAAUGUGGAUUACUCGAUGUGCGUUUCCAUGGUUGAGGUGUACAAUGAGACGGUGAGAGAUUUGUUGAGCGACAACAGCAGCUCACAGCAACUGAACAUUAUCAUGAGGAGCAAACAGCUUGUUAUCACUGAUGUUACUGAGGUUGUUGUUAAAUCGGCUUCUGAUAUCAAAAGUAUCAUGCAGAAAGGUAAUACUCUCAUUUGACCAACCUGUUAGUGUAUGUGGAACCUCGAUAAAACGAAGGCCCAAAGGACUGGCAAAAUUUGUUUGCUAUAACGAGGUUUCGUUGCAUCGAAGUUCUUUUUCAUAUUUAUUCUGCUAUUUCUGGGGCGAAGAAUGUCGUUCGUUAUACCGAGGACUUUAGGCUGAUUUAGCAACAGGACGGGAACGUAAACACGACUUCCGGUGCCUAAUUUGCCGCUCUGCCAUUGGUCAAGCCAGUUGUUUGAUUCGCGCGCGCCGUUGUCAACUGACGUUCCCGUCCUGUUGCUAAAUCAGCCCAUUGUCAUAUUAGUAGAGGCUCGUUAUAUCGAGGUUCCACUGUAUAUCCUUAACGUUUGAGUUAUGUGGGAUCUUUCUGNGAUGUUACUGAGGUUGUUGUUAAAUCGGCUUCUGACAUUAAAAGUAUCAUGCAGAAAGGUAAUACUCUCAUUUGACCAGCCUGUUAGUGUAUGUGGAACCUCGAUAAAACGAAGGCCCAAAGGACUGGCAAAAUUUGUUUGCUAUAACGAGGUUUCGUUACAUCGAAGUUCUUUUUCAUAUUUAUUCUGCUAUUUCUGGGGCGAAGAAUGUCGUUCGUUAUACCGAGGACUUUAGGCUGAUUUAGCAACAGGACGGGAACGUAAACACGACUUCCGGUGCCUAAUUUGCCGCUCUGCCAUUGGUCAAGCCAGUUGUUUGAUUCGCGCGCGCCGUUGUCAACUGACGUUCCCGUCCUGUUGCUAAAUCAGCCUAUUGUCAUAUUAGUAGAGGCUCGUUAUAUCGAGGUUCCACUGUAUAUCCUUAACGUUUGAGUUAUGUGGGAUCUUUCUGAUUAUUUUGCAAGCGUUCUGGCCACAGAAAGAAAAUUGUUCUUUGUAUUCGAAGUUCGAGAAAAUUGGGGAAAAAAAUUACCAAGUUUAUCUGGGGAAGGGAAGACAUUGUUCAAAGCUGAGGUGUAAUCACAGCCAAGUAUUCUCAGUCAUCUCAUAGUCUGUCGCGUUAAAAAGUGUGAAAAUGGAAGGAUAUCAUAUGAUUCUUAUCGAGAGAAGGGGAAAAAAGCAAGAUCAGUUUUUGGUCUUUUUUUAAUAACACAGAAGUUUGACAUGAAAAGUUUAGUUUUUCAGUUCAAGUUGCAAUCUGUUGGCAUCGUGCCUGGCCAUCGAAACCCAAUAACGCACACUGAUGUUGAGGUUAUAGUAGUAGAAUUAGCGGAAUUUUAGACACAACUUUACCGUUUUGUAAGGGUUUUCUUUGAUUGCAAUGCGUUUUGAGGGUUCUUCAACUAAUAGCUAAAAAUCGUGACAUAGCUACUUUAACUGAUAUAUCAAAAGUGUGUAAGUUCCAUACCUGAAGAAAACACACGCGCACGCAUGCCCUUUAUUUUACUUACGUUUUAAUUGUGAUUAGCUUUAUUCACCUUUUGGAAUAACUGGGAGUAGGUUUAAGGCUCAAGUAGUAACUGAGGAACCAUCGGAAGCUUUUUGUGGCUGGCUUAAACUUUGCUCUUUUGCUUUUUUUCAGGCGACAUGAACCGUUCCGUUGGUGCCACAAAAAUGAACACGAACAGUUCCCGUUCUCACCUGCUUCUGCUGCUGAAACUCCAAGGCACUGAUCGCGUGACAAAUGCCGUCACGCGUGGUACGCUGACCCUUGUUGACUUAGCAGGCUCGGAAAGAAUCUCCAAAACCGAGGCUACGGGACAAAGACUGGUCGAGGCCGCGGCUAUUAACAAAUCGCUGUCAGCACUUGGCCAAGUGUUCGCGGCUCUGAGGACAAAUGCCAUGCACGUGCCUUACAGGAAUUCCAAGUUAACGCAACUGAUGCAGAGUUCCCUUGGGGGUGAUGGCAAGGCUUGUUUGUUCGUCAAUGUCAGUCCCCUUGCGAGCAAUCUCAGCGAGACCUUGAGCACGUUACAGUUUGGUUCAGCGGCCAAGCAAGUGCAACUUGGGAAGGCUACGCAAAAUGUCACCCCAGCUCCUAAGAAAAAUUAAUCGAAACAAAAUUUUAUGCUUGAACGCCAUGACCAAUUUUCUUAGCCGAGUCCUCUUUGAAUAAAAUGACACAUUUUCAAUUUUGACUUAGAACAGGCACAGGCGGCCAGGAGUUCGUUGGAAGUUGAAUUUUGUAAGAGAAUGCAUGAGUACAUCUCGAAGUCUAAAACUCGUCAAAAAGACUUCGAAAUGGCUCUUAAAGCGAACUGACUGUAAAACACACAAAACAAACAAGAGGAGAGUCAAUUUUAUUUCGAAACUUUUUUAAAAAAGCGGAAUUUAGAACGUUUUUGUAUGUACUUAUAGAGACUUUAAGGCUGGGCCGCCUGUGGAAUAGAGUACUAAAGUGAUGACGUCAUAAAAAUGAAAUUUCUGAAAUUAUGGGAUUUGUCAGGAUAUUCUGAAAGAUCAAUGUCCAAGAGGCCUACUUGCCAAAAAUGAGCAUUUCGGGGCAAAUUGUCUCACUCAGAAAACUCCAUACAAACCCUUCUAAUUUUUUUUGGGUCGACCCCAAAAAAAUUUAGAAGGGUUUGUAUGGAGUUUUGUAAGCAUAACUGGGCUACGUUCUCAGAGACAAUUUGUCCCCAAAUGCUCAAUUUUGGCAAGUUGGCCUCUUAGACAUUGUUCUUUCAGAAUAUCCUGACAAAUCCCAUGAUUUCAGAAAUUUCAUUUUUAUGACGUCACACUUUAGUACUCUAUAGGCUGCCUCAAACAAUGCCAUAAAACGUGUUGGCCUCAGCCUCUCCCGGGCAAAGAAUCCUUGAAGUUUAAUUCUCGAAGCAUUCUGGUGGUUUUAGUAAAAUGACGUCAUCAUGUAAUUGUCCUAUUGGUUCUUCCCCGAUGGUGGUAGCUUUAUCGUGCGCUGUUCUUACAGACUUCCUGUUGAAAACAAAAGGCGCUUUCAAGAUGGUUUGCGCCACCUAAACCUGCAAUUUUAAAAAAUGAUGUCGCGAUUAUUGUAUUUUUUGAAAUGGUGUAUGAGCCCUGUCUUUCUCUCUUCGAUGUGCUUUAAUUUUAAAAUUUUUUCUGCAUUCAGUUUGAAUGGUCACACUCUAGGAGUUCGCUCAGAGUCAAAGACUGAAAGCGCAUUAAAUGUCUCAUGACUCAGUGUCACUUGGAGUUUGAGGGCUCAAAGAGCUGUUUGAAAGACAACAGCAAAAAAAAAAACUACAACCAUUUGAAACGAAUAUUUGGUCAAACGAAAAAAGAACUAAAUUAAUUAUUUAUUUAAUAGAUCUUUUAUGAUUGGCAGUGUAAGUUGGAUAUACGAGGCGCAGCCGUUGGAUAAGUUAAUGAAAUUCUUUUAUAUUUCGUAGAUAGUGUUAAAAAUAUUUUGUAAUUAUAUUGUAUUGAAAAAAUAUGCUUUUUGUCGACGCCAAACUUUAGGUUGCGACAAAUAUUAAUUAUUUUUAUACAGAGG